AUGCUGCGAAGCAUCACUUCGCCAUCCUUGCCUCGUGCCGCGUGGAGGGCUUCCACCCUUGCUUCCGCCGCCUCGGCUCGUAUUGCAAAACCUGCCGCUCUCAACGUUGCCUCGCUUCGAUACUACCAGUCCUCUACCCAAAAGCAUCAGGCUAGUCCUGCCCCUGCCCAGCCCAACGCUCCCUCUGGCAGCGACACCUUCAUCAACACCACCAAUGCCUACUAUGCCGAGGAGAUGCACAAGCGAUGGAAGCAGGACCCCUCUUCCGUUCACGCUUCUUGGCAUGUCUACUUUACCGGUCUCGCAAACGGUCUUCCCAGCGAGCAAGCUUUCCGUGCUCCACCAACCUUGAUGCCUCUUCCCAUGGAGGCUCCUCCUGUUGAUGUCUCUGGCUUCAGCGGCUCCACUCAGGCCGUCGAUGACCACCUCAAGCUUCAGCUCCUUGUCCGAGCUUACCAGGUCCGUGGUCACCGCAUUGCCCGCCUCGACCCGCUUGGCAUCUUGGACCCCGAUCUUGACCCCAACGUCCCCGAGGAGCUCAAGAUUGAGCACUACGGUUGGUCCGAGAGCGACCUUGACCGCAAGAUGCGUCUUGGUCCCGGUCUCCUCCCCAACUUUGUCAACCAAGGCAUUCAGGAACUCACCAUUCGCGAGAUCAUCGAUGCCUGCAAGCGCAUGUACUGUGGCCCCAUCGGCGUUCAGUACGUUCACAUCCCUGAUCGCGAAAAGUGCGACUGGCUCCGUGAGCGCAUCGAGACCCCCGAGCCUUUCAAGUACUCUGUCGAGGAGAAGCGCACUAUCCUCGAUCGUUUGAUUUGGUCCGACUCGUUUGAGCGUUUCAUUGCCUCCAAGUACCCUAACGAGAAGCGUUUCGGUCUCGAGGGUGGUGAGUCGCUCAUCCCCGGUGUCAAGACUUUGAUCGACCGAUCUGUCGAGCACGGUGUCGAGAGCGUCACCAUCGGUAUGCCCCAUCGUGGUCGUCUCAACGUGCUUGCCAACGUCAUUCGCAGACCCAUCGAGGCUAUCUUGCACCAGUUUGCCGGCAAGCAGGACGACGGAGAGGGUGGAGGAGAUGUCAAGUACCAUCUCGGUGCCAACUACGUUCGACCUACUCCUUCGGGCAAGAAGGUGGCUCUUUCCCUCGUUGCCAACCCUUCGCAUCUCGAAGCUGAGGACCCUGUCGUUCUCGGUAAAACUCGUGCUUUGCAAGACUUUGCUAAGGACAGCCAGCACACGUCGUCCAUGGCUCUCUUGAUGCACGGUGAUGCUGCUUUCGCCGGACAGGGUGUCGUUUACGAGACCAUGGGUAUGUACAACUUGCCCAACUACGCCACCGGUGGUACGAUUCACAUUGUCGUCAACAACCAGAUCGGUUUCACCACCGACCCUCGAUUCGCUCGAUCCACUCCUUACCCUUCGGACAUUGCCAAGUCGAUCGAUGCUCCCAUCUUCCACGUCAACGGUGACGACGUCGAGGCUGUCACAUUUGUUUCCCAGCUUGCAGCUGACUGGCGUGCCACUUUCAAGAAGGAUGUCGUCAUCGACCUUGUCUGCUACCGACGUCACGGACAUAACGAGACCGACCAGCCUUCGUUCACUCAGCCCCGAAUGUACGCCGCCAUCGCCAAACAGGACCCUACCUUGACCAAGUACGCCGCUCGUCUUGUCGAGGAAGGCAGCUUCACCAAGUCCGACAUCGAAGAGCACCAGAAGUGGGUGUGGAGCAUGCUCGAAGAAGCUUUCGACAAGAGCAAGAGCUACAAGCCCGAGGAGCGCGAAUGGCUCUCGAGUGCCUGGGAAGGUUUCCCUUCUCCAAAGGAGCUUCGUGAGCAGAUCCUCGAUCACAAGGAUACCGGUGUUAAAGAGGAGACUCUCAAGCACAUUGGCAAGACCGUUUCGUCUUACCCUCAGGAUUUCACCGUUCACCGCAACUUGGGCCGUAUCUUGAAGACGCGAUUCAAGACGGUCGAGGAGGGUAAGAACAUCGAUAUGAGCACGGGUGAAGCUCUUGCUUUCGGUUCGCUUGCUCUUGAGGGCAACUACGUUCGUCUUUCGGGACAGGAUGUGGAACGAGGUACUUUCUCUCAGCGUCAUGCCGUUUUGCACGACCAGGAGAACGAGGGCACCUACACUCCUCUUCAGCAUGUUGGCGAGGGUCAGGCACCUUUUGUUGUUUGCAACUCUUCUCUUUCCGAGUUCGGAUGCAUGGGUUUCGAAUUGGGUUUCUCCCUGGUUUCACCUCAGAACUUGACCAUCUGGGAAGCUCAGUUUGGUGACUUUGCCAACAACGCCCAGUGCAUCAUUGAUCAGUUUAUUGCCUCGGGGGAGAGGAAAUGGUUGCAGAGGACUGGAUUGGUGUUGAACUUGCCUCAUGGAUAUGAUGGACAGGGACCCGAACAUUCGAGCGCUCGUAUUGAAAGGUUCUUGCAGCUUUGUGAUGAUCAUCCUUUCAAAUUCCCUACUCCGGAGAAGAGCAAUAGGCAGCACCAAGACUCGAACAUGGCGGUAGUGUACUGCACUACCCCGGCUAACUACUUCCAUGUUCUUCGUCGUCAGGUUCACAGAGACUUCCGUAAACCUUUGGUCAACUUCUUUUCCAAAUCUCUUUUGCGUCAUCCCGAGGCUCGAUCCAAUCUUGAAGACUUGCUCCCUGGAACUGGUUUCCAGAGGUUCAUCCCCGACCCUCACGCCACGGAUGGUAAGGACCAACUGGUGCCUGCUGACCAGAUCAAACGUCAUAUCCUUACUUUCGGCCAAACCUACUUCGAACUCCUCAAGCACAGAAGGGAGAACAACAUCAAAGAUGUCGCUAUCUCGAGGAUCGAGCAGUUGUCACCAUUGCACUACGAAGCAGUAGUCCAAGCACUUGACAAGUACCCUAACGCCGACUUGGUCUUCUGUCAGGAAGAACCGUUGAACAAUGGUGCUUGGAGUUAUUUGCAGCCCAGGUUGAGGACCGCUUGUAGACACACGCAACAUCAUAAGAAUGAUAUUGUGAUUCUUGCAAGUAGGCCUCCUAGCAGUUCGGUGGCAACGGGUAGCAAGGUCGCUCAUAAGGCCGAGGUUGAGGCGUACUUGAGCGAUGCGUUCGACUUGGAGAGGAAGGCUUCUGAUGAGCAUCUCUAA